UAGAAAUGGAGAGUCUUUAGUCUUUACUCUUUAUGCCGCCAUUAACAUCCCGCAGCCGCGCUUUCCACCUCGAUCGGCAGAUUGAUCCAUUGCUUUGAGAUCCCCAAAUCCCAAAUCCGACCCUAUGCCGGCGAGCUCACCGGCUUUGUUCCCUCCUCUCGGCGGCGGCACCAAUAACAUAAACGGAGACGACGAAGAUUUCGGCGAUUUCGUGUUCUCCUCCCCGUCUUCUUCUUCUCACACACCCUCGUUCUUCCCCUAUACCAACCCAACUGUUCUCUCCACCAGCGCCGCCAACGACGAAGAUUGGGGUGAUUUCGUUGCCAGCGAGCUCGGAUCCCACUCUUUGCAGCCUCAAUCCUCUUCGCCUUUUCCCCUUCCGUUCGAUUCAUCGCCGCCGAGCAGUAAGGCGUGGGUGAAACCGAAUGGGGCGAUUCCGCUGUCGAUAUUUGGCGAGGAAGAAGCAGAGGCGGCGGAUCCGGUGACGCUUGAGGGUAGUGGGGGUUUUGAGAAUGGAUUUGGCUCUUAUUCUUUCGCGACUCACUCGUCUUCAAGACCAGCGACGUCUGGGAAGUUGAAUGAUCUGAUUGAGAAGCUAUAUGGACAGAUUGAUGUAGGUGGGAAGGAAGACGGGGAUGACUUUGAUGAUGGAAGUUGGGAAUUCAAGGAUGCCUUUUCAGCCGAUGCUAGAACUAAGAUGGACGAGGGAGGUGGCACUGUCUUUGGGUUGGAAAUGGUAAUGGCUGCAAAUGAAAAUGGAAGGAGUCAGGUUCUUGUUAACAGGUUAGAAAAUGGUUGGAAAGGUAUGGAACAAAUUAACAUGGAUGGUGAAGGAGGACUGCUUGAUAUUUUUUCUGCGUCUGAGAAACUCACAAGCAUGCCACUUGGUCAUAAUCAUUCUGUAACAGACGAGGUCCUGCAUGAGAUGCUACCCAGUUUUGGAAAUGGGUCUUCAGGCAGUAGCAGAAAUGAAUUCAAGAUUGACUUCCCAGAAAAUGGUAUUAUAAAUGGAUUUACGGAGAAGAUUCAAUACGAUCAAGCAGACCUACUACACGCUCCUGAAAACCAAGAGGAUACAAAAGAGGUAGAAUGGAACAUGUGGAACUUUGAUGACCUGAACAUCUCUUCUGCUAAUGGUAAGAAAAAUCUUUAUGGAAGUUCUGAGGAUCAUAUUGAGCAUAAUAUAGGAGCCGGAAAGUUGGAUUAUUCGCCUGUUGCUCUUACUAGCAUCAUACAGGCUCCGCAUGAGAAAACCGACAGUCCUCGUGCUACUGUUCCUUCCCAAAAUUCCAUUGGCAAUGGACAGGAAAUAGACCAACUUGGGAAAUCUUUUGCUCAUGUUAAUGGUGACAUUGAUUUCAAUCAGAUUGAAUGGGGAUCUCAAAAUACUGCGGAGACUGGCAAUGCUGAAAAGAUUGUUGCCUAUGAAUCAGGUCAAAGUCUAUCCAGUGAAUCAACUUCCUACACUUUAACUGACCUUUAUUGUAGAGUGAAAGAAGAAUCUCUCUCUUUGAUAGUACAUCAUCUUACCGUGCUAAAGGUUCCUGCUCUUCCUGGAGCAACGCCUGAAGUAAAGAAGAUCAAUGAGGAAAUUCAGAAAGCUUAUGGAAAUCUGCAAGAAAUGAUUGCUUCUGGUGAUGCUUGCACCGGCAAGCAAAGAGCAAGCCGCAUUAAUGAACUGCUAAAUGAGACAAGGACAUCAAAUUUUAAAGUAGCUGAGCAAGAAUUCCACUUGUCAGAAAGAUUACUUGCAGCAGAAAAACACUUGAAUGCCGCAGUGGAUCUUUUUGAACAUUCCUCCUCAGUUUUACAAAUUUUGAGAUUGGCUUCCAGAGAGCAGCAGCUAUUUUAUAUUAAUGCAUGGUCUAAGUUAGCUUCAGCUUGUGCAAAGGAAUUACAACUUGGUUCUAAAAUCUGGACAGAGUCACUUGAUUGCAACAUUUCCAAGGAAAUCUUUACCCAAGGAAAUAAGUACUUCCUUGCCCUUGGAGAAGUUUACAGAGUAUCCAGAAUUCUGCAUGCCACUGUGAGGUUUUACAUGCCUUGGUUGCUGUUUAAUCUGGAAGAUUCAAAUGAGAUAAUUACUUGCUUGGAGAAGGGAAACGAGGAAUGGAUUAAUUCUGGUUUGGAAGAAGCUCUUCAAAGCAUCUCCAGCAACAUGGAUCUUGAUGAUAAGGGCUUAGCAAAGCUAUUACUGGAAUCCAUCAAUCUUAUUGACAAAAUCAAUGAACAAACAUGUCAGGACACUGCGAUUCACUGGAAGAAUGGGUUUUGCAGAUUCUCUUUGCUACCACUUGACAAGCUACCAGGCAUUAAGACAGUUUUUUGGAAUGGGGAUUGUUACAUCGCCAAGAUUGCUAAUUUCUGGGCCAACCGGAUAUCGCCCGUUCCGCCUGAGCUGCCUUCCAUAAUACUCUGCAAAUGAUCUAUUAUUUAAGAUUUUGUUUGGUACGAUUUUUUUACUGCUUCUUAAUAUACUAAAAAGUUUCUUUAGAAAGCAAUAAAAAAAUUGUCCCAACGAAAUCUUAAAGUAUUCUCAAAGUUCUAAAGCUCGACUAUGUGUUAUUUUGAUGGAAUUUUGAAAAAUGUUCAUCAAUGCUUCAAGGAUCAGGAUUCAUUCUGGGAAGUUCAGAUGAUGCUUGGCAUAUUUCUACAGGUGAUCUUCGAGUUAUUUUUGUCUUUGAAUACCAAUGGUUUCAUUGUAAUGUUUGCCAUCUUAUUGCACCUUUUUUUCCUUAUUGUAAUAUCUGGACUUCAUUAUUCUUUUGCAUGGGAUGUUACUAUGCUUUUACUGGUCGAAUAAAUGGAUGUUCUGGUAAAUUGUAGUUGUGAUUAUUUAUUAUUUAUUCUUCAAUUGAAUUUUUUUGUAACAUAUUUAUUCUA